GACGCCAAUAGGGCGCUCGACCUGCGAAGCUACUCCUACAUCAAUGGGCGCUCAUGCAAGAGAAUGAGGAACCUACGGGACCCCAGCCUGAGAAACAUCAGCGAUGGAAACAUCUACGUCAAGAGCUUGUACAAUGGCAUCGACAACAAGUCCUACGGCAACAGUUUCGUGCACUACGAGACCGAGGACGCUGCCAAGCGAGCCAUCCAGCGAGCCAACGGCAUGAAGAUCGGCAACUUCGAGAAGCCAAGCGAUCGCAUCAGGAGAGGCGCUCUUCCCGACACCCAGCCUGAUCCCAUAUCCUUGGCCAUUCUC